AUGAUUAUCGGCAUCGCUCAUGUCAAUCUGACCGUGACUCCCGGAAGCCUGGAUCACGCACAGCAAUUCUAUGGUGAGACGCUGGGGCUCAAGUCCGCACCUGUGCCGGAACACCAAGUCGGCUCGCUUCUGUGGUUCGACGUGGGCUCUCGGGAACAGCAAAUUCAUAUCUCAUGCGGCUCUACAGACCCUGAAUCAAGACGGCAUCCCUGUUUUCGACUGUCUGGUCGAGAUGAGCUCGAAGCGAUGAAACAGGCGGUCUAUGAGCAUCAUGUCCGUGGUGGCCCAGCGGCACCGAUGGCUGCGGACAAGCCUGGUGAAGAAAAUUCGGGAUCCAAGGGGAAAGAGUACCCCCAAAGAUUCUUCGCAAGAGACUAUGCGGGAAAUUUGCUCGAGUUUACGCUCUAG